UCACCUCAGGGUCCCAUUUGAUUGGAAGGCGGCAAAGGCUUUAAUCUCGGACUAAUUCAGCUGCUUUUGAAGUGAAAAUUUCUACCAGUUCGUACUUCGGGAGUACAGAGAGAGGACCUGCACACAGACGCACAGAAGGCGCAGCGCUCAUGGUGCCAGACGCAGCCUCGGAUCUGCGAUAACCUCGCACGGUCUCCCUCCAGCUGCCGCGCCUCGCUCCUUUACAAGCAGGAUUACCGAUUAUUGAAGUGUUUUGCCGUUCUUUUUUUUCUUUCUUUCUUUUCUUUCUUUCUUGAGAGCCGAGGUGCUUUUUGCGAUUUUCUUAAUGAAUCUGACGAAAGCAUCGCCAUUCCAUUUCCUGACAAUUGGGACAUGAUCACAUCGCCCUCGGCGUCUGCCCUGAAAAAUAGUGAUAUUUGUGUAGCGUGGGAAAGCAGCAGUUCUCGGAAUAGCAGCUCGGCGAGCAUCAACAAGCCUUUUCUUCACUCCGCACCUCCGUCGGAUCCACUACGGCAAGCAAACCGACUUCCCAUCAAGGUUUUGAAAAUGCUCACCGCACGGUCGGGACACAUUUUGCACCCGGAGUAUCUGCAGCCUUUGCCUUCCACCCCCGUUAGUCCUAUAGAGCUCGAUGCCAAGAAAAGUCCGCUGGCUCUGCUGGCGCAGACCUGCUCUCAGAUCGGCAAACCGGACCCGCCGCCCUCCUCCAAAUUAUCCUCCGUUACAUCGAAUGGAUCUAGCGAGAAGGAAUCUAAAGCCCCUUUGAAGCUGAGUGACAUUGGCGUGGAUGACAAAUCCAGCUUCAAACCUUAUUCUAAACCGUCAGAUAAGAAGGACUCGUCUUCGGGCGUCUCGGGCGGAGAGAAGUCUGGUUUCCGAGUGCCGAGCGCCACCUGCCAGCCGUUCACGCCGCGGACAGGCAGCCCCAACUCCAGCACUUCAGCCUCCCCCAUGCCAUCGGACGGGAAAUGUGGGGACAGGGAUGAAAAGAAAGAGUCUGAUUGUAAUAAAAACGGCACUACGGACGGAUCUGGCACCACGAGCCACAGCAGGAUAAGCGUCAGUUGUGGUGGAAUUAACGUGGAGGUGAACCAGCACCAGGAGACGACGCCUGGCACUAAGACCACCUCCUCCUCCUCGGAGUCCUCAUCUGUAACUUCUGUAUCCUCCGCAUCCGUUCUCGGUUCAGGGCUUGUGGCGCCGGUUUCCCCCUACAAACCGGGACAGACAGUUUUCCCCUUGCCCCCCGCAGGGAUGACCUACCCGGGCAGCCUGGCCGGGGCCUAUGCCGGGUACCCCCAGCACUUCCUGCCCCACGGAGGGAGCUUGGUAAACGCACAGCUGGCCAGUUCGCUGGGCUGCAGCAAGGCUGGCUCCAGUCCCCUGGCCGGGGCUUCCCCGCCGUCCAUCAUGUCGGCCAGCCUGUGCAGAGACCCUUACUGCCUCAGUUACCAUUGUGCCAGCCACUUAGCGGGCGCAGCCAGUGCGUCCUGCACGCACGACUCCGCGGCCGCGGCCGCCGCGAACGCCCUCAAGUCCAGCUACCCGCUCAUGUACCCGACACACCCCAUCCACGGCGUGCACUCCUCGGCGCCGUCGUUCAGCGGACACCCCCUUUACCCGUACGGCUUCAUGCUCCCCAACGACCCCCUCCCUCACGUUUGUAACUGGGUGUCUGCGAACGGACCGUGCGACAAGCGCUUCUCCACCUCGGAGGAGCUGCUGAACCACCUGAGGACACACACCGCUUUUACCGGGGCGGAGAAGUUGAUAUCCGGCUACCCCGGCUCCUCGUCCCUGGCCAGCGCCGCCGCGGCGGCCAUGGCCUGCCAUAUGCACAUGCCACCGUCAGGAGCCCCCGGGAGUCCCGGGACUUUGGCUCUCAGGAGCCCGCACCACGCGUUAGGACUGAGCAGCCGCUACCACCCGUACUCCAAAAGCCCCCUGCCAACCCCCGGAGCCCCGGUGCCCGUCCCCGCAGCCACCGGGCCCUACUACUCCCCUUACGCACUGUACGGCCAGAGACUCACCACAGCAUCUGCGCUCGGAUACCAGUGAGGAAAAAGAAAAGACUUGGGGGGAAAACAAAAAAAAGUUUAUAGUACUAAGAAUGCAAAUAUAAAGACUUUUAUAUGAAGUGCGCUAAACUUAUGGGCGGGAUCCGUGGACUUCAACUGUAUUUAUUUAUAUGUCGGCUUCAAAGCAGGCGAUAAUAGCUGCAAAUGGAAAAUAUUUGAGCAACUCAAAAAGUGCAUUAUGUUGAAACUGAACUCUAUAGGUAAAGUGAAACACACACACACACACACACAGACACACACACACACAUAUGUUAGAGUACUAAUUAAAGUAGGGGUCUUCAUUUCGAUGUUAAUUUCAAAUUGCUAUGAUUGUAUUUGUUCUUAUUUAAUGUCUCAUUGAGAUGGAAAUAAUUUACAUGCAUGUUUGUUUCUUAAAAUUUCAAAAA